GUCAUCCCGCACUGUAUAAUUUCUCCUCCACAUUGGCCUGUCUAUAAAUAUUGUGUUGGAUGAUGAUAAAAUAAAAGAAGAAGAAAGGAAGAAGAAAGAGCACCGAGCUGACUAAAUUUAAGGUAUAAAAGAUCGAUGGCAAUUCAAGGCAAUAGAACCUCUGAUGAAUCUUUUUUCAAGAUUCCUGCCAUAAAGUUUACAAAGCUGUUCAUUAAUGGAGAAUUUGUUGAUUCCAUCUCAGGAAAAACGUUUGAGACAAUAGACCCAAGAACAGGAGAGGUAAUCGCAAGAAUUGCAGAGGGAGAUAAGGCUGACAUAGAUUUGGCUGUGAAGGCUGCUCGCGAUGCAUUUGACAACGGCCCUUGGCCCCGCUUGCCUGGUGUUGCGAGAGCAAGGAUUAUGCAGAAAUUUGCAGAUUUAAUUGAAGAAAACGUAGAGGAAUUGGCAGCACUGGAUACUAUUGAUGCAGGGAAGUUGUUCAGUGCGGGCAAAGCUGUGGACAUUCCUCACGCAGCAAGCCUCCUUCGUUACUAUGCAGGUGCAGCAGAUAAAAUCCAUGGAGAAGUGUUGAAGAUGUCAAGGGAGUUCCAAGGCUAUACCCUGCUUGAACCCGUUGGUGUUGUGGGCCAUAUCACCCCCUGGAAUUUCCCUAGUACCAUUUUCUUCAUGAAGGUCGCCCCUGCCUUGGCUGCUGGGUGCACCAUGGUUGUCAAGCCAGCGGAGCAAACACCUCUUUCUGCUCUCUAUUAUGCUCAUCUCUCCAAGCUGGCUGGGAUUCCUGAUGGAGUGAUCAAUGUUGUGACUGGGUACGGACCGACAGCUGGAGCUGCCAUUUCCUCUCAUAUGGAUGUUGAUAAGGUCAGUUUUACUGGGUCUACAGAAGUUGGACACAUGGUAAUGAAGGCUGCAGCAGAAAGCAAUUUGAAACAAGUUUCACUUGAAUUAGGAGGAAAAUCACCUCUCCUAAUUUUUGACGAUGCUGAUAUAGAUAAAGCUGCAGAGCUUGCCCUUUUCGGCAUCCUGUAUAAUAAGGGAGAAAUUUGUGUGGCAAGUUCGCGGGUUUAUGUUCAGGAAGGGAUUUAUGAUGAACUUGUAAAGAAGUUGGUGGAAAAGGCAAAAAACUGUGUAAUUGCAGAUCCUUUUGAUUCUAAAUCUCAGCUUGGUCCACAGGUUGAUAAGCGGCAAUUUGAAAAAAUUCUGUCUUACAUUGAGCAUGGGAAAAGAGAAGGAGCCACCUUGUUAACCGGUGGUAAGCCUUCAGGAAACAAGGGAUAUUAUCUCCAUCCCACCAUUUUCAGCGAUGUUAAGGAGGAUAUGCUCAUAGCAAAGGAUGAAAUUUUUGGACCUGUAAUGGCACUCAUGAAGUUCAAGACUAUCGAUGAGGCAAUUAAAUGUGCUAACAAUACAAGGUAUGGCUUGGCAGCUGGGAUUGUUACCAAGAACUUGGAUGUGGCUAACACAGUUUCAAGAUCAAUCCGAGCCGGCAUUAUCUGGAUUAAUUGUUACUUUGCAUUUGAUAACGAUUGUCCUUAUGGAGGAUAUAAGAUGAGUGGAUUUGGAAGAGAUUUUGGAUUAGAGGCCCUUCAUAAGUUUCUUCAAAUCAAGUCUGUUGUAACCCCCAUUUACAACUCUCCUUGGCUGUGAUCAAAUACGGUGUCGUUUUGAAAAUUGCCAGAAUGGUCUAUGAUUAGAUUACAAUCAUUAUACUUUUGUAUUUCAGGAUUUUAAUAAAUGACCAUUCUUUUCUUUCC